UUUGGUAUCAGUUAACGUAUUUUUGAAUUUAUUUUAAUUAUAUUUAUGCUAAUAUGCCCUUUUAUCAUAGACCUCGAAACUUUAUACCUUUAUCGAUAGCAGCUGAAAAAAAAUCUAUAAAAAAUGGAUUACACCAUUCGAUAUUUACAUCACGUUUUGAUAGAUAUGUUGGAGAAUGGAAGAAAGAUUUGAAAGAAGGAAAGGGUGUUUUUUUAACAAUAUCAGGAAAAUUGUACGAGGGUGACUGGUUGCAAGGAUUUCGGCAUGGUUUUGGUACUCUCAGCAACCGUCUUCCAAAUGGAACAUUCCGUCUUGAAUACAGAGGUGAAUGGGUAAAAGGCAAACCAGAGGGCGCUGGUUGGCGUCAUUAUGAGAAUGGUGACGUUUAUUUUGGAUUUUGGAAGAGAGGGCACAGACACGGCUACGGGAAAAUGUAUUAUGUGAAUGGAACCAUUUAUGUGGGAUACUGGAAUAAAAGCCUUAGGGAAGGUCUCGGAAUGAUUAUACAAGAAAACGGCAAUCGGUAUGAGGGGCAUUGGAUGCGUGACAUGAAGAACGGUCUUGGUCGGUUCUACCACAUGCACACCGGUCAACUCCAGGAAGGCUGCUGGGUCAACAACAUCUGUAUAUUGUCCAAGAUGUCGGAUAUCGAAAUAAGACAGUUCUGCGAUAUGCCUUCCGAAUAUCCUAUACCUGAGGAAACGCUGGCAAAUCCGAGAUGCAUACUAGAAGAAAGUGUAACCUGGCUCCAACAGAAGAUAGGAAAUAUAGACAAACAACUAAAGUUCUGUAUCGAUCAAAUGUAAUAUUUAUUCGUUUUAUCCAGAUCACAUAGGUAUUUUAUA